CACAGACCUAGAGAGGAAAAAUAAAUCUCAAAACACACACUUUUCUGUCUGGUACUGCUCAAGGCAGAGUGACAAUGGAGGAGACAUACCUUCUGAACCAUCCAGGAGUCAGGAAGAAGAUCCUGGCUGGAGGCACAGGACCGCUGCCACACUUUCCACCUGGGACAAAGCUGGUUUUCCAUUUCCAGACGCUGCUGGACAACUUUGAGCGAACGGUCAUCGAUGACAGUCGACUGGCUGGCAGGCCAGCUGAGAUCUUUGUCGGAAAGAUGUUCAAGAUGGAAGUCUGGGAGACCCUGCUGAUGUCCAUGAGGAUUGGAGAGGUGGCUGAGUUCUGGUGCGAUGCCACUCACACAGGCUUGUACCCCAUCGUGUCCAAGGGAAUGAGGCUGAUCUCUCAAGGAAAAGACCCCCUAGAGGGCCAGAGACACAUGUGUGGCAUGGGAAACAUGUUCCACUAUCACUCCACUGGUUUCCCAGAGCUGGAUGAGCUAAUGAGAACUCCUCAACCACUUAUAUUUAUCAUGGAGCUGUUGCAGGUGGGAGACCCCAUGUCCUACCACAGAGAGUCGUGGAUGAUGGAAAAGGAUGAGAAGCUGCAGACGGUGCCAAUUCUCCACAUGCAGGGCAAUGCGCUGGUCAAGCAGAGACAAUUCAAAGAGGCUGCCAGCAAGUACAAAGAGGCCGUGCUGCUGCUGAAAACAGUCCAGUCCAGAGAGAUGCCGGGUGAUAUAGACUACAUUAAUUUGGGUCGAAUGAUCGUCCCCCUGGAGUUGAACUACUGUCAGUGUAUGUUGGAGCUGGAGGAGUAUUAUGAAGUUAUAGAGCACACCACUGAACUGCUGGAGAAACACAAAGACUGUGUGAAGGGCUACUACAAGAGAGCCAAGGCCCACGCUGCCGUGUGGAAUGAAAAGGAAGCCCGGAAAGACUUCAACAUGGUGGCCCACCUGGACAUCACUCUGGCCUCUCUUGUCAAUCGAGAGAUGAAGGCCCUGUCAGAGCUCAUGAAGGAGAAGUACUGGGAGGAGAAGGAGAAAUACUGGAACAUGCUGGAGAAAAAGGAGAACAAAAAUGAAGAGGAGGAAGACAAAGGAAAACAAGAAGACAGUGAAAGUGUGACCACAGAGAGUAAAGAUGAAGUGGGGGAAGAAAAAGGUGAAGAAGAAGAAGUCCAUAAAGAGGACCUCGGAGGAAAUAAGGUUACACCAAAUGAGGGAACAGGUAACGAAGAGGAACCGAGCUCUUCGAGAUCCGAGAUCGAUCCAAAUGCUUCCAAUAAAUCAGAGGGGAAGGGCUGGCAGCAGAUGUUACGACUGGUCAUGUUGCUGCAGAACGAAGGGAACUUUCUCAUUAAAGAAAAACAAUUUCAAGAGGCUUCUGCAAAGUUCAAGGAGGCCAUAGAAUAUGUGGACGUCCUUCAGAAUAUGCAUCCACUCUUCAUCAUUCCUCCAAACCCUUACAUUUUCUUCUCUUUUUUUCAUCACACGUUUUCAUUCUUGUUUCAUCUUUUCAACAUUUCCUCUGACAUCUAUCACCACCACCUCCUCCACCCUCGCCAUCCCACCUCCCACCCAUCUUGUCCUCUCUGUGUACUCAGCAGGUGGAUCAACAGGGCGAGGACUGGGAGUCACUGGAGAAAGUUCACCUUCCGCUGGCUCUCAAUCUCAGCCAGUGCAUGCUGGAGCUCAAACAAUACCAGCAAGUGGUGGAGCUCAACAACAAGCUGCUGAAGAGGCAUAAAGGUAAUAUAUGUUAGUGUGAAGGAUAAGUUUGAGGCAGGGGAGGAAACAAAAAGAUGUAUUUUGAUAUUGAAAUAGGUACAUGAGUAUAUAUAAACAUGCUUGGCUUUAGUCUUUUUUCCUUACACACCUUUAUUUUUUAGCUUAAAAAUAUCAAGAUCUGUUGCUAGUACAAAUGCCUGGCCCUCAGCAAACGCCUGCCUUCACACUGCAACAAUCCUUGAUCUCUCUGUUUACCAGGGAAAGAAGGAACCAAACAUUCACAACAGCAUUGCUGAGUCUCUCUUUCGUUCCCCUGGCACCCACCCAUGGACAUCACAGUCAAAAAUGAAUUCAUUGUUUUCUUUUUGUUUCUGCUAUGACUGAAUUAUUUAUAGUUGAGGCUGAUGUGAAAUGGUUGUUCUUAUGCUUUCCUUUUCCCUUCAUUUACUUCUCUCAAACUUUCUCCUACUUUCUGUCUCCUGUCUCACCACUGGAUUCAGUGCAAUUAUUUCAUCCUCCCUAUAGUAGUUUAUUUUACCUUAGACUUUU